CCUUUCAUUUUCUAAGACGAAUUUCCAAAGGCUAAAGUCAAAUAGUACUGCACAUACGCAAUUAGGCUUUAUCCCAAAAAAAUUAAAAAGAGUACUAUUGCAGAUCGUUCCAGAGCGAUGACACUGUUGUUAAAAUUUCCCAAUUUUACAAAUUAAAGUUCAGUGCUUUGAACUCUAAUUUAAGGAUCUGACGCUCUAUAUUUAGCUAGGUUUCAAUAUAUUUGUAAUUUGAUAGUACAACUAUUAAGUAUAACUGACAGUGGUGUUUAGCCCUGGGGAGUCGAAAUUGUGGAAUUGUGAAUUGUAAUUGCACCGAUUGGAUUAGGUCAAUGUUCCGAAUGGAGAUUGACUCAUCGCCCGAGUCAAAUACGCUCACUUUUCGGGACCGUAUUCUUCAGAGGCUUGACAGUCUUGGAGUUCCUGCAGAGAAUUUGGAACAACUAGAGCCUGGUUUAGUUGCUUAUGUGAAGAGUAAUAAGUCUCAAAUGGGAGAGUUGGUCUCUGCACUUUUGCCUACUAAUGAGGAGGCAAUGGAGGUUAUUACAGAACAGCAAAUAGAGUCUCCAAAAUCCACGGGCAGCUCAAGCAUUAAUGUUAAAGAUUUAUUCGGAGAAAGUAUGAAUUGGUUACAGUGGUUGAUGUUUGACGGCGAACCAAGUAGAGCGCUGGAGCAACUGGCAGACACUGGUCAGCGUGGUGUUUGUGGGGCCGUUUGGGGUAACAAUGACAUUGCAUAUCGUUGCCGUACAUGUGAGCAUGAUCCAACAUGUGCAAUUUGUGUUCCAUGUUUCCAGAAUGGGAACCACAAGGACCACGAUUAUUCUAUCAUUUAUACAGGUGGGGGUUGCUGCGAUUGUGGUGAUGUUACUGCUUGGAAACGUGAAGGGUUCUGUUCCAAGCAUAAAGGUGCUGAGCAGAUACAACCUCUUCCAGAGGAGUUUGCAAACUCAUUGGGGCCUGUACUUGAUUUAUUACUGUCUUCUUGGAGAAAUAGGCUCCUAUUUCCAGAAAGCGUCUCUGAGCAAAACCCAAGAGAAAAUGAUCAUACUACUGAGCUCAAAACGGUUACAGAUGAGUUGACAUCUGCAGUGGUGGAGAUGCUAUUGAAGUUCUGUAAGCAUAGUGAAAGUUUGCUUAGUUUUAUCUCUAGGAGAGUAUCUUCUUCAGCAGGGUUACUAGAUAUUCUGGUGAGGGCAGAGAGGUUCAUGGUCACUGAAGAAAAUGUCAAGAAGAUUCAUGAAUUGCUAUUGAAAUUAUUGGCCGAACCUCAAUUUAAAUAUGAAUUUGCAAAAGUAUUUAUGAGCUAUUAUCCAACUGUUGUGAAUGAGGCAAUAAGGGAAUGUAAUGAUACGGUUUUCAACAAAUAUCCUCUACUAUCAACAUUCUCUGUGCAGAUAUUUACGGUGCCUACUUUGACCCCACGCCUUGUGAAGGAAAUGAAUCUUUUGCCCAUGCUGUUGGGAUGUUUAGGGGACAUACUUGUGUCUUGCGCCGGAGAAGAUGGUAAAUUGCAGGUCAUGAAAUGGGCAAAUUUGUAUGAAACUACUCUCCGUGUGGUUGAAGAUAUUCGAUUUGUCAUGAGCCAUUCUGCUGUACCCAGAUAUGUGACUCGUGAUCGAAGAGAUAUAUUGAGAACAUGGAUGAAACUACUGGCUUUUGUGCAAGGAAUGAACCCACAAAAAAGAGAAACUGGUGUUCAUGUAGAAGAAGAGGAUGAGAAUAUGCAUUUGCCUUUUGUUUUGGGUCAUUCUAUUGCAAAUAUUCAUUCUCUUUUGGCGGGUGGUGCUUUCUCUAUGAGUAGUGCAGAAGAUGCUGAUGAUACUUUCUCCAAUACACACACAGAAGAUUUUGAAGACCAAGAUAGCCAAAGACAUGCAAAAGUGGGAAGGCUAUCACAGGAAAGUUCUGUAUGCAGUAUGACUGGAAGGAGUCCACUAGAACAUGCAUCCAGGGCCCCUGAAGUAAAAUCUGAUAGUUUUCCAGUAUCAUCAUCUGUUUUAUGUUUAACAUUCGAGUGCAUAAAGGCCAUUGAAAAUUGGCUGGUAGUCGAUAACUCUUUGGGACCUCUCCUUCAGAUAUUAUGUCCAAAAACAAGUUCUACUCCUGGCAAUAAUUUCUCCGUGUUUAAAAAGACACUUUCAAAGUUUAGAAGAGGCAGAGAAAUCCUCAAGUCACAGAAUCCUCCUUCAAAUGGCGUUAGACUCUCGACUUCUGCUGAAGGUUCUAAUAAAGAAUAUUCUUAUCCUUCCUGGAAUGGUGGCACUACCUUGGAUUCUGGCCAAAGUUCCGGCCGAGAAGCAGCUUGCCUUGGUGGUCAUGAUGCCGGUAUGCUGGAAGGAGAUCAUGCAUCUGAAUUAGAAGCUCUCCGGUUGCUGAGUUUGUCUGAUUGGCCUGAUAUAGUAUAUAAAGUUAGUUUGCAGGAUAUAUCUGUUCACAUUCCAUUGCACCGAUUACUUUCGAUGGUUUUACAGAAGGCACUAGGAAAAUGUUAUGGGGAGACUGCACAACCAGCUUCUAUCCCUUGUGAUUUUUUUGGAUAUAUUCUGGGAGGCUACCACCCACAUGGGUUUUCUGCCUUCAUUAUGGAACACACUCUUCGGAUUAGGGUGUUUUGUGCUCAGGUUCAUGCUGGAAUGUGGCGUAAGAAUGGUGAUGCGGCCAUAUUAUCCUGUGAGUGCUAUCGCUCUGUUCGCUGGUCUGAGCAGGGUCUGGAACUUGACCUCUUUCUGCUUCAAUGCUGUGCUGCACUAGCCCCUGCUGAUCUAUUUAUUAAUAGAAUCUUAGAACGUUUUGAGCUAUCAAAUUACUUAUCCUUCAAUCUUGAACGCCCUAGUGAGUAUGAACCGGCUUUAGUUCAAGAGAUGCUUACUCUAAUUAUUCAAAUAGUGAAAGAACGACGGUUUUGUGGGCUAACCUCGAGUGGGUGUUUGCAAAGAGAGUUGGUGUAUAGACUAUCAAUUGGUGAUGCCACUCAUAGUCAGUUGGUGAAGUCUCUUCCUCGUGACCUCUCCAAGAUUGAUAAAUUUCAGGAAGUUUUGGACAGAAUAGCGAUGUAUUCAAAUCCCUCUGGCAUGAAUCAGGGUAUGUACAAACUGCGGUUAGCCUAUUGGAAGGAACUGGAUCUGUACCAUCCUCGUUGGAGUUCAAGGGACUUGCAAGUAGCUGAAGAAAGAUAUAUGCGUUUCUGUAAUGCAUCAGCUUUGACCACUCAGCUUCCAGGAUGGAGCAUGAUUUAUCAACCUCUUAGUCGAAUAGCUGAAGUAGCUACCUGUAGGACGAUCCUCCAAAUUAUCCGCACAGUUGUAUCUUAUGCUGCUUUUUCUGAUAAAUCAAAUGCUUCACGUGCUCCAGAUGGUGUUCUGUUAACAUCACUGCAUUUGCUGUCGCUAGCAUUGGAUAUUUGUUAUGCACAUAGGGAAUCUGGUGAACGUUCUUGCUUUGAGGGUGAUGUUGUUCCUAUUUUAGCACUAGCUUGUGAAGAAAUAUCAGUGGGUAGAUUUGGUGAUCAGAGCUUGCUGUCUCUACUUGUUUUCUUAAUGAGGAAACAUAAGAAAGUAAAUGACUUUGUGGAAGCUGGAAUGUUUAAUCUGUCAUCAUUGAUUGAAAGUCUCCUGAAGAAAUUUGCUGAACUACAACCCGAAUGCAUGGACAAACUGCAAGACCUUGCUCCGGAAGUGGUCAAUCAAUUAUCUCGAUCCUUUCCAAGUGAUGAUACUAAUAGCUUCAGAUCAUUUUCAGACAGUGAUAAGCGUAAGGCUAAAGCUCGAGAGAGACAAGCUGCUAUACUGGAGAAGAUGAGGGCCCAACAAUCCAAGUUCUUAGCAAGCAUUGAUACCACAGCAGAUGCUGCUGCAGAUGAUUCUAAACGUGGUAAAGAGUUAUGCAAUUCGGAUGAUAGACCUAGAUCUGAAGAGGCUACUCCUGUGAUUUGCUCUCUUUGCCAUGACCCAAAUUCUAAAAGCCCUGUAUCUUACCUAGUUCUUCUUCAGAAAUCCAGGCUUCUCAGUUUCACCAACAAAGGUCCUCCUUCAUGGGAACAAACUCGCCGCUCUGGGAAAGAGCCCAUGUCUUGUGCCAAAAAAAUGAAAGACAUUUUAUCUGAAAGGAGCAAUCUCUCAAGAAGUUCAGAAAUUAUUUCAUCGACUUGGUUAAUGCAAUUAAUCCAAAAUGAAGUAAAUGAGCUUGCUUUAGAAGGACAACCUAAUGAAGUGGAAGCAUUUGUGGAAUAUAUCAAGGCAAAAUUCCCCUCAAUGAAGAACAUUCAACCUCCUUGUGUAUCAAGCAUUGUAAAGAAAAAGACAGUCUCUUCCUUUGAGAUGCUAGAAGAACACAUGUACUCGUUGAUUCGGGAAGAAAUGGAUGUUAACUCAUGGAACUGGGAUCCUUUGAAAAAUGAUAAGAAGCUCUCAGCAUUGGGUGGUAGUAGGCGUGCUGCGUCACUUUUGCUUGGAAGAUACAUUUCUGCUCUUUCAAGAGAACAUAGUCCUUCUGGGUCGGUGAAUAGCCACAAAGCACAACUUGAGUCAAGUAUGGUGCGUCCAGCAUAUGAUGGAUUUGGUCCGUCAGAUUGUGACGGGGUAUAUCUUUCAUCCUGUGGUCAUGCGGUGCAUCAGGGAUGUCUUGACCGCUAUUUAUCUUCGCUAAAGGAAAGGUAUACCAGAAGACUAGUUAUCGAAGGAGGUCAUAUUGUAAACCCGGAUCAGGGGGAGUUCCUCUGUCCUGUAUGCCGUGGACUUGCCAACUCAGUGCUGCCAGCAUUACCUGGAGACACUAAAAGGUCGACACAGUCUGUUUCAACUGGUCCAUCAGAUGCUGUAGGCCUUUCAGCACUUCGUUUUCAAGAAGCUUUAUUUCUCCUGCAAAGCGCAGCUGAUGUUGCUGGAAGUAAAGAGAUUCUACACAGUUUUCCACUUCAGCAAUUUGGGCAGAUGAGAAUAAAUCUUGAAUCUGUGGUUGGGGUAUUAUGUGAAAUGUAUUUCCCAGACAAGGAUAAGAUUUCAGAAUCUGGUAGGCUUAGUCAUUCUCUGAUCUUGUUUGACAUACUCAAGUACUCGCUUGUAUCAACAGAAAUUGCUGCUCGAUCUGUGAAGACUUCUUUAGCUCCAAACUACAGCCUUGAUGCCCUAUACAAAGAACUCAAAGCUUCAAACUGUUUUAUAUUAGCCUUGUUACUAAGUAUUGUACAAAGCACACGGACAAAGAAUUCACUUACUGUCCUGUUGAGGUUAAGAGGUAUUCAGUUGUUUGCAGAGUCUAUAUGCUCAGGCACUUCUGCAGAUGAGCCUCCAGACGGUCCAUCUGUUGGAGGUAAUAUGCAAGACAUUUUGGAAUAUUCUGAAACAGAAUUACAGUACCCCGAUAUUCAGUUCUGGAAACGAGCUUCUGAUCCAGUUCUUGCACAUGAUGCUUUUUCAUCAUUAAUGUGGGUGUUAUAUUGCCUUCCGAGCCCAUUUCUGUCGUGCGAGGAAUCAUUCUUGUCUCUUGUUCAUCUUUUCUAUGUUGUCACUAUCACUCAGAUUAUAAUUACCUAUUGCAGAAAGCGGCAAACUAGUUUGACCGAGUCAGGAGGCAGUGAUUCUCUGGUUACUGACGUCUACAGAAUAAUGGAGGAAUAUGGAGUUGCUUAUAAAUAUUUUGAUUCUAAUCAUAUUGAAACUUGUGACAUCAAAGAUGCAAUUCGUAGCCAGAGUUUUCCUUAUUUAAGAAGAUGUGCAUUAUUGUGGAAACUGAUUCGUUCUUCUAUAUCAGAACCAUUUAGUGACGGGAAUAACGUAUUAGAUGGAUUACCAUAUUCCAUGGCUGAAACAAUGGAAUGUGGUGAAAAAAUUGCAGAUGAGUUCACUGAGAUUGAAAAAUUGGAAAAGUUAUUUAAGAUUCCCCAACUUGAUGAUGUUAUUAAUGAUAACAUAAUACGUUUUGUGGUUCCAAGAUGGUUGCAUCGUUUCUCCAAGCAGUUUGACGCUCAUAGUCUAAAGAGUGUUUUGUAUUCUACCCCUGCUGUCCCAUUUAAGCUGAUGCUUUUGCCUCAUCUUUACCAGGACCUCUUACAGAGGUAUAUUAAACAGCACUGUCCAGACUGUGGAGUUGUACAGGAGGAGCCUGCAUUGUGCUUGCUGUGUGGUAAACUGUGCUCUCCGAAUUGGAAGUCAUGUUGCGGGGAAAGUGGGUGCCAAACACAUGCAAUGGUUUGUGGAGCGGGUACUGGGGUGUUCUUAUUAGUCAGAAAAACCACAAUAUUGCUUCAAAAAUCCGCUCAUCAGGCAUUAUGGCCUUCCCCAUACUUGGACGCAUUUGGUGAAGAGGAUAGCGAAAUGCAUCGUGGGAAGCCAUUGUAUCUAAAUGAGGAACGCUAUGCUGCCUUAACUCAUAUGGUGGCUUCUCAUGGACUGGAUCGUAGUUCAAAGGUGCUUCGUCAGACGAAUAUUGGCACUUUUUUCAUGCUUUAGUUCGACUGUUUCGUAAGGUCUGGUUAACUAGGUCCCAGGAAUUAGUCAAAGAUGGUAAAAAGUUAUCAGCUGUCUGGUUCUGAGUUUUGGCUCAGACACAGCAUGUCCAAUGUUCUGCGGUCUGCUACUGUCUAAUAUACAGAUUAUCGAGAUAAAUAGGCUUGACAUCUGCGGCAGAGAAGUAGGAUUUGCUUUUACCGGAAAGGGAUGGUUUGUAGCCCAUGAAAGUGACUUUGGUGGAGCGGCUGAUUAUCACACAUUGCUGUACAGAGAUUGUAAAUAUAUGUCGUGUUCUAUUGUUGUUUUGAUCCAUUGAACUGGUUUCCUAAAGGUGUAAAUUAUAGUCUAAGUAGGUAUAUGGAUUAUUAAUAUGAUAUCCUUCCCCCUCCUCGCCAACCCCCUUCUGACUACUGUGAAAAUGUAGAUUCAGACGUAAUUAACAAUAUGUUGAAAAGCGAUGAUAGGUUUUGAGUUUUUCUUUGA